CGUGGGGAACGGCCGUGCGCCGCAGGCAGAAAAGGUGGCCACCGUGGAGACAAAACUGGAGCUGUGCAGACGCAGGAGCUACGCGCUGCACUGCGCUUAAAUGUUUGCAUCCACGCAGCGGAGCGGAGUGGAGUGAACUCUCUUGGAGGCGCGUGAGCUAGCUCGCUCCGACAAUGUCGGCUCUUGUGCCCCCGCCGCCGGCGUUUCCGGACCCGCAGAUAAUGGUGCCGGUGGCGUACGGCGGGGCCGGGGGGACGGCGGCAGAGAGCGGGUCGUACGGCCCGGUGAUCGCCAUGCUGGCAGUCCUCGCGGUGCUGGCGGCGCUGGCCGUGGCCGUGGGGCGGCUCUGCUUCGGGCGCCGCGCGCUCGGACGGGCCGGCGGCCACGACCUGGAGGCCUGGGUGGAGCAGAAGUGCGGGCCCUGCGUCGGCGUUGGCAUGCACUCCCCCGCCGCAGCCGCCGCCAGUGACCCCGCGAAGCAGGAGGAAGGCGACGAGACGGCGGCUCCGGCGGAGCAGCCGCCGGAAGGAACGGAGCGAGGGGAGUGCAGCGGCAGUGGCAGUGCUGGCGGGUCCUGAGCUCAAUGCAUGGUUCUUUGCCGCUGCACGCUGUAAAUUGUUUGUUGAUCCUUCUUUUCGAACUCCCGCUGGAAUUUUCGGAUUGGUAGCUAGCAAUCUCUACCUAGUUUGCUUAUUUGGGGCCUCCAUUUUCUGUUAAAAUUCAGUGGGAGCGGGACUGGUGAUGUGUGUGCCGAGCUCAUGAUCCAAUCCAGCAAAUGGCAUGCGGAAACACGGCUGAUUUGAUGUUUGAUUGAUA